AUGUCGAAGACCCCAAACCCCACAAAAUCGGGUAGUAAAAAACAGUUGCCUUCAGAGGCAUCCCCAGAUGCAGCGUCCAAGCCAGACAGCAGCAAGCCCUCCAGUUCUCUCCUCACAGUUGAAAAUGUCAAAAAACACCAAGAGGAGAACCCUGUGGCAAAAUCGAAUCUUGCUCAAUGGUCAAUAGAAACCUACAUUGAAGAGAGCAACCGCUUUUUGAGCGAGAGUGGGAGCAGGACAGAGGGGAGCAAGGAGCAGAGGGUGUCAAGUGAAGAAAAAUCAGGAGCUCUUCAUGAAGAUUACCCAGAAAAUGCUGAUCAAACUUUAGGAAAAGAUUUCCAGACAAGACCUUUGUCGACUCCAGUUCCUGAAACUCAGUUACCCAAAAAACGAGAAGUUGCCGACUUGGAGACUCAGACUGAAUGGAGCUACUCCGUCAGCUCCGAAGACUCUAGUGAGCAGGAAGCCCUCCGCAUACAUGCAAAGCAACAGAGUAACCAUCAUCAUCAUAAUCAUGAUCCCCCAGAAGAGCGGGUGGUGGAGAAGUUGGCCAGGAAGUCGGUGGAGGCAGCUGAGCGAUUCUUAGGGCUUGAGCUCUUCCGCAAGGACCAGCUGAGGGAACAUUCGGUCACCGACAUGUGCCUGAUCGGUCGCUGCGAGUUUUGCACCUCCCUCCUGAAGCCUUUGCCCUCCCCAGAGGAACUGGAGGAGAAACCAGAGAAAAUGGAUCAUUUUCUGUGUUGCAGGACGUACAAAGAGGUCUUCCAGUGUGUGAUCCAGGAGCUCAUGGAGAGGCGAGGCAGUGAGAUCGACAUCCGUCCUCAUCACCGGGGGUCACUGGACAGCAAGACUAGAAGGAUGCUGAUGGAAGAGUUACAAGAACGAGGCGUCGAGCGAUACAGAGAGAUAUUUAUGCAAUAUAUAAAAUAUGGCCCAUGCAUCAAAAUUCAUUUCAAGUUGUCGGACCACCCGCCCCGGCCAGAAACCGAGAGCCUAGAGAAACGGUAUCCGGAGCCCAAAGAGCUGCUGGAGAUGGACCUGGGAUUCAAAGCUGAGCAGCUAAAGCUCUGCCAUCCCUUCCAGCCUGUGAGAAGAUACUACCAGGAUGGAAAGAUCUUCUUCCUCCUCCUCCCGGACGGAACGGGCCAAGUCUAUUACCCGUCCGGCCGCCUGGCCAUCCUCAUGACUUACGAGAGCGAGACCCAGUUCACCUACAGCGUCCUUCGUGACACGCAGGGCAGCGAAAUUCUGGCCUUCUUCACGAAUCAGGGCUACGCAGGACACGACCAGCCAAAGGGAAAGCUCUCCAUUAGCCUGGACCUUUGCAGGGGCUCCGUCUUUGACGAGAAAGGGCGGCGGCAGAAGUUCUGGAACUGGUGGGACACCGGGGUUCACGUCCACGCGCCUCCUUUCCAGCCCGUCUGCCUGCAGCUCAAUGUUUACAUCCAGGUUAAAAUUAAAGCCCAGGAUCAGGUUUUCCUCACGUUUACAAAGGCUCACGACUGCCUCCGCCUCAACGUUGGUGCCCGGCUGAGAUUGAAGGAUUCAAGGAUGCUUUGGGUUCUUCAGCGAUAUGGAACCACCAAGCACCUCGUGAGUCCUUCCUUGCUUGAGAAGAUCAGCAAUAUCUUGACCCACGUGAAGAAGCUACUCAAGAAACUGGAUUCUGAUCCCUCAAAAGAAGCUGCAGACCUGCGCCUUAUAUCGAAGGUGUAUGAAAGGAUGCACCGACGACACAGACAGAUACAGCCCAAGGAGAGAAAUUAA